GUGAACUGGACAUGUCCGCAGUCCAAAGUACAUUUCUGAUCAAGAUCAAGGCAAACACCAGAGAGGUACGUCUACGUCCGAAGUGUAGAACAUCUCGAACUCGUUCGUUGGGUCUUGUUUUCCUUUGCAGGUACUAGUUGGCAAUCAAAGCUUAUCAAGCAGAAGUUUUUCCCCUCGAAGGAAAUUUCUUGUUUUCGAAAGGAAUCAAGCAGAAAUUAAAGUAUCAUAUUCAUAUAUAGCAACUUGAUGAACUCUCUCGCUUUAGCUGGGAUCAUAAUCAGUGCCAUUGUCAUCAUCCUGGCCCUGAAAUUUAUCCUCAGAUGGAUCGAGGUGAAACGAGAAUGGCAGAUGGAGCGCGCGCGGCUGCAGGGCAUACAGGUGCAGGCAGCGGCAGGCGCACCAAUAACCCAGCCGGCGGCGAACGGCUCGCCGUCGCCGCCUUACGCUAUUGCUAACCACGUCGUGGAGAUGGGAGCCGUGAACCGGUUCUUGGACGACAUACUGCGGGAGAAGCCCGCGCGGUUCACUCCGGAGAACCUCCGCGAGUUCACCCGCAACUACGCGGAGCGGCUCGGGUCCGGCGGCUUCGGCGUGGUGUACCGCGGCGCGUUCCCGAACGGCGUGCAGGUGGCCGUCAAGAUCCUCAACAGCACGCUGGACCGGCGCGCCGAGGAGCAGUUCAUGGCGGAGGUCGGCACCGCGGGCCGCACCUACCACAUCAACCUCGUCCGCCUCUACGGCUUCUGCUUCGACGCCACCGCCAAGGCGCUCGUGUACGAGUACCUCGAGAAAAGCUCGCUCGACCGCGUGCUGUUCGAGCACGAGCAGCGGCAAGACACGGACGACCUGGGCGACGCGCUCGGCUUCGAGACGCUCUAUGGCAUCGUCGUCGGCACGGCGCGCGGGGUGAGGUACCUGCACGAGGAGUGCCAGCACCGGAUCAUCCACUACGACAUCAAGCCCGGCAACGUGCUGCUCACCGCGGACUACACCCCGAAGGUGGCCGACUUCGGCCUCGCCAGGCUCUGCAACCGCGACAACACCCACCUGACGAUGACCGGCGCGCGGGGCACGCCCGGGUACGCGGCGCCGGAGCUGUGGCUGCCGCUGCCGGUGACGCACAAGUGCGACGUCUACAGCUUCGGCAUGCUGGUGUUCGAGAUCCUCGGGAGGCGGCGCAACCUGGAGCUGCAGCACCCCGCAAUGAGCCAGGAGUGGUACCCCAAGUGGGUGUGGCAGCGGUUCGACCAGGGGAAGUUCGACGACGUCAUGGCAGCGUCGGGGAUCCAUGCCAAGGACAGGGAGAAGGCGGAGAGGAUGUGCAAGGUGGCGCUGUGGUGCGUGCAGUACCAGCCGGAGGCGAGGCCGUCCAUGAGCAGCGUGGUCAGGAUGCUGGAAGGCGAGGAGGAGAUUGCGCGGCCCGUGAAUCCAUUCGCGUACAUGGCGAGCCUGCACAUGAUGUCCAGCUCGAGCAGUGGCGACGGCGAUAGCGCUGCCGCCUCCAGCAAUUCGUCCAAAGAAUUUCGAGGCACCAGGAGUCGCGUUAAUAAUCAGAGCAGAUCAACGAUGAUACAGAUGCGCUUAAAGACUGCUUCAUUUUGAUGUUACUGUCAAAGAACAUCAGUUGCUUAGCCUGAACCGUCCAUUAUAAAUACAGCUUGAAAUCUCGAGGCCUCUGUAGUCUGCACUCUGUCAAGCAAUUAUAUUACCAGUGUGAAAAGCAUUGAAAGGAAAGUACCUGUCAAGCAAGGAGAGAGGUCCAUUGGGGAAACACUAUGAUCACAAGAUGGUUAGUAGAUUGAAAAAGGCUGUGAUGGUUUGUAUGGCAUAGAGUCUGCUUCUUUUUCAGGUGGUUCUUGGUUUUCAUUUUUCUUUUGACUAAUCUCAACACACUGUUAACUCUUUUUUUUAGAGGAACCACAGCACAUGAUUGGUGACCUGAACACUAGAUUGAAAUUCUGUCAAGGUCAGAGCAUAUAAGAUUUGCUAAAGGGGAGAGAGUUUGAAACAAAACGCCAAUAGCUAACACUGUUAAUUACCAUAACAAAGAAGCUAUUCCUGGUCCGCAUCAAUGCUUCAAAUGCUUUUAUAUCUGCAUUGUUUCAGUUAAGGAAGCUUCUAAUGCUUAUUUCUGCUUAUGUGCAUUUUAGACCACACAUCCUGUUGAGUACAAAGAACACUUAUCUUU